CGAGAAAAACGAGCAAGAAAAACAAAUGUGACAAAAAUUAGGCAUAACUUAGAAAAAAAGUGUGCUCAGAAGAGUAAAUUAAAUCGUGAUGAAAUCGAAGCUGAAAUUGAGGCUUUGUAGGAUGCAUUGGAAACGUGUGUAUCUGUGAUGGAUGAAUUGUGUUCAACUUAUAUCAAAUCCAACCAAACUGAAGGUAAGCAAGCUAUUCUAAAAGAACAGGAAAACUUUGAAUCAGAUGGACACCAGGCUGUGGAGAAAGCACAACAAGUAAUCAAAGAAUACUUAUCAAGUAUUUCAGAACAAGAACAUGUAUCGGAAGUAGUCAAUGUAUGCCCGGCGCCCACAGUUGAAGCAAGCCCACCUAGUUCUGAAAGCAAUCCAACUGGAACAACCACAGUCAAUAAUAGUCCAGCACCUGUUGUGGACACAGAAGGCCCACCGAGUUCAGCAAGCAAUCCCACUACCAGUACAAUCACAGCUAAUGUUAGUCCGGACCCUACAACAACCCAAGCAAGCCCUCCGAGUUUUGCAAGCAAUUUCACUGGUAUAACCCAUCAUCGUCUUAAACCACUAACAGUUCCAGUCUAUUAUGGUGAUAAAACUAGAUUUGAGGAUUUUUGGGCAUUAUUCAUCAGCCUAGUUGAUGAAGGGAGUGAGCCUGUAAAUAUUAAAAUGGCUCGACUACGUCAAAGUCUUUCAGGAAAUGCCCUUGAUGCAAUUCGUGGACUGGGUGUUACGCCGCCAGAGUAUAAUGAGGCUAAGGACAUAUUAAAAUAUAAGUUUGGUGGACAACGUCGUCAGUUGCAAGCUUACCUCGAUCAGUUAGAAAACAUGCCAACUCUGAAGAACAAUGACAUUCAGUCUUUCGAAAAGUUUGCUGAUCUUGUGCGGGUAACCGUAGUGAAGUUGGAAGCUGAGGGGCGCAGUGGAAAGCUGAGGGGCGCAGUGGGGAACUGGGAGAUGGUGCAUUGCAUAGCCUGCUGGUAAAGAAACUAUCGGAACGUCAAGUGGAAAAUUACAGUCGCCGGAUGGCUUAGUGAACAACAUAAGAUACGGUCAGUGAAAGCCUUGAGAGACUGGCUAAAGGAAAAAGUAAUCAUCCGAGUUGAGGCUACAGAAAUGGCCCAAGGAGUUGAACCUAAGCAGACUAGAGAGUAUGACAGAGGAAGACCCAAGCCAACUAAAAGAAGUUAUCGACCUCGAAUCUGGUUCACUAAUCGAGAUGGAAAACACAGCAACGACGAUACACGCAGCCCGUAUUCAAAGCCACCUUGCGCAGUAUGUGGUGGCAAUCAUGGGGUUUGGUCCUGUAAGGUAUUUUCUGGCUUGAGUGUGCCAGAUCGUUGGGGAGUCGUAAAGGAGAAACAUUUAUGUUUUCGAUGUCUCGCAAGUAAUCAGGUCGGUAAGGACUGCAGCAGGUCAAAGCCAUGCGCAGUGCAAGGGUGCAAAAGAAGCCAUCACAACUUGUUUCAUGAAGUUGUACCGAAGGAGAAGGAAGAAGGCGAGAAGUCACCGUUGACACGGGAGGGGGCAGAGACACGAACACACUCUUCAAGAAAUAAGAGUGUGUCGACUGCUGAAGUUUUGUCGCUUCGUACCAUUCCAGUAUGGUUAAAGGCAAAUGGUCGGAAAGUUAAAGUCAACGCUAUUCUGGAUGAUGCUUCCAAUGAAACAUUUCUAAAUGAACAAGUUGCUGGGGUGUUAGGACUGCAAGAGCCGUAUAAGACAGUUAGAGUUCAUGUGUUAAACAAUGAGGUUGAAACGUUCCAGUCCAUGCCCGUGGAGGUUAUGAUUGAAAGUGUUAACGGACAGUAUCGCAAGGAAAUUAGUGUCAAAACGUGCCCUCAGAACGUAACGGGAAGCUACAAAGUAGAGGAUUGGUCAAAGAAUAAAACCAACUGGCCACAUCUUAAGAGUUGUCAUUUUGCAACACCAGCAAAGGAAGGUUUAGUGGACUUAUUGAUUGGAGUGGACAACGCAGAUUUACUGUAUUCAAGAGCAGAUGUUCGGGGGGAACCAGGAAGUCCAAUAGCCCGACUCGGACCACUAGGAUGGAGUUGCAUUGGAGCCACAGAGAAAGAGCGAGGAACUGACUGUAGAACGCACACCAUUAGAACAUUCUUGUCCUGGAGUACUGCAGAAAUUACAUACUGCUGCCAGAUCGAUGAACAGGUCAAAAGAUUCUGGGAAGUUGAAAGCUAUGGUACAGAGAACAUGAAUUCGAUGGUUCAUACUGCAGAAGAUAGGGAAGCUCUGAAGAAGGUGAAAGAAUCAAUCAGCCACAAUAGUGCAACGUCUAGAUACAAGAUCGCCAUUCCUUGGAAAGAGAAUCGUCCAAAACUCCCAGACAACAAAAACAAUGCAUUAUCGAGACUUGAUAGCACUGAGCGGAAGUUGAAGAGGGAUGAAAUCGUGAGCAGGGAGUAUCAACAUACAAUUGAAUCGUAUAUGGAGAAGGGCUACUUGCGGAAAGUCGGAAAAGACGAAGUGAUCCCUCCCGAAGUAUGGUAUUUGCUACAUUUCCCAAUUAUUCGAAUGGACAAGACAACGACAAAAGUACGGAUUGUUUUCGAUUGUUCGGUUAAAACAGACGGACUAUCCUUGAACGAUGUCAUUAAUUCUGGACCGAAGUUACAGAAGGAGCUUUUCGAUGUAUUACUUCGUUUUCGGCGUCAUCCAGUAGCAUUAGCUUGCGAUAUUAAAGAGAUGUAUCU